CGUAGUUAGAAAGAGGUAAAGCAUUUUAUUGUUAUAGAGUGUUUCCAUAGUUACGUGCGUUGAAGACUACUGCGAAGCUUUUUUGAACUACUAAAGCUCAGCUUUUAAGCGAAUGAACAGCUGUUUAUCUAAAUAAAUAAAAACGCGAUAUAUGAUAACGCAGCAGCUGUUUCAAUUCGAUGUGUGAACUGUUUACAUCACUUCGGUGGACGAUAGCAGCAACCAGCAGCCUCCGGUGUUAACUAUACCGGCGGCUCUUCUACCUCAAGUAUCAUCUGGUCAGCAUCCUGUACCGUCAAUUGAUCUCAAUAUGUCACUUAAGCAGCAACCGCUGCAAUUGACCGAUGAACGCUAUGAUCCAGUGGAUACACUUCAGCGCAGCUACGAUCUUGAGAAUGGACAAAAUGAAGAACCAACCGUCAAAAAUUCUAGAAGAAUUGCCACCCAAAAUUGGUCUAUUUCAUCUCAACCGCUUGCGCUGCUGGCAAUAUUCUUCCUGCUCUGGGGGAUUGCGUUUUCGCUGCUGCCCAGGGAAAUGACCGAGCCGAAUACUCCAUUUAUGAGACUGUGUUUUCUGUUCGUCGGAGCAGAAAUCAGCGGCAUAUUGGUUUCACUGACUGGCCUGCCUGACAUGCUUGGUAUGCUUUUCUGGGGUGUUCUGUACACCAAUGUUGGCUGGGCCGAUUUCAGUGGAUUGCAGAAGUUGGAGGUUUUUCUACGGGAGAUGGCUCUCGUCAACAUAAUGCUGCUGGCCGGACUCGGUUUGGAUUACGAUUCGCUAAAAAAACUUUUUCGUUUCAUCAUGCAGUUAACCCUCAUUCCAACGAUAGUUGAGGUGGCUGCAAUUGCCAUACUGUCCAGGUUCCUGCUGGAUUUGCCUUGGAUGUGGGGUGUUUUGCUGGGACUGGUGGUAACAGCGGUUUCACCCAACGUCGUCGUCACGGUGCUGUUGCGCUUGCAGGAGGAACAGCUCGGCCUGAAUAAAGGAAUUCACACAUUAAUCAUCGCUAUGACAAGCUGUAAUGAUGUUUUAGCUAUUUUCCUAUUUGGCGUCCUUCUGGGGGUGACAUUUUCUACUGGUGACCUCACGAGCCAGAUUCUCCAAGGACCAAUCGGUAUCGUAAUUGGUCUAGUCUUCGGCGGUGUAUGCGGGAUCGGGUUGCUCUACAUGCCCUCUUACCAAGCGAAAUACACCAACGGGUUGCGCUUCACGAUGACGAUCAGUGCCGGGACUCUGUCGGUGGUCGGAAGUAAACUUAUUGGAUAUCCUUCGGCAGGUGCUUUGGGCUGCAUAAUGACGGCUUUUGUCGCUGGUACAGGUUGGAAGAAGCGUCCCGACCAAGAUACGAGUGAGGUUGGCAUGUACCUGGAUUUGCUGUGGAAGUUUCUGAAGCCGGUGUCAUUCUCGUUAAUUGGAAAGGAAGUGAACUUUUCGGUCCUGGAAGGAAAUACGGUGUUAUAUGGUGCAGUCACGCUGCUGGUGGCUGUUUUGUUUCGUCUGGUGUUCUCGUAUCUUUCGACACUCGGUAGUGACUUAAACUGGAAGGAAAAGGCUUAUGUUACGCUCUCGGGCUUCCCGAAGGCUACCGUACAGGCAGCCCUUGGCCCGGCCGCUUUGGAUUUGGCACGCAGCUUGAACGCCACUGAUCAGCUUGCCAGGGCGCAAACGGUGCUUAUAGUGACGGUAUUGGCUAUCAUCUUUACCGCCCCCCUAGGGGCACUACUCAUGAUAAAACUUGCUCCCAAAUGGUUGAAAAAAGGACCACCAGAGAUGUAACUGACAAGUGUACUUAAGAGCGUUACAGACGGGUACUUAAUUUUAAGUAAAUAAAAUAACUUAUAUUUUUGUGUCAUUCACAAAUGUUUCCUGAAGUAACCGUUGACAAAGAGACCAGCGAUGCCGGCAUUUGAUUAGCUUAAGGUUGUUGUCUGUGCCAUACAACUUCUAAGCAGCACUUUUUUUACAUUACAAAUCCGGCUGAACACUGACCAAAAGAUGAUAAAUUAUGACCAACCAUCAUAGCAUCGUUGCAGGUUGCAAAAUGUAGUGUGAAUUCCAUUGGCAUAAACUGGCAGAUAACAACAACAACGCAUAACUUUCUCAUCCAGGCGGUGUCAGACUAUGCUUCGAUCCUGAAAGUUUUAAGCCGAACGAAAUUUGCGGCACGGUAUCCAAGCUGUGCUCGUCUUGUUUACCGUACGCGGCCGCUAGUUGGUCUUGAACACAGCUCAUUGUCGGUGUCACUUGAUUACGUUAAAUAAAAUGCUUCCUUUUUGGAUUGUAUAUACCUUACGAUUAAUAUUUUCAAAUAUAAUUUUAACGUAAAUCAAGUAAAGAUGAGGUUGGCUAGGAAAACGAAUAAGCUCAGAAGAAUAUUGUAUUCUUUUCACAAUGUUCAGAGUUGCUACAAGCAAUGUAGAAGAAGACAUAUUGUUAGCAGCUAAUGUGAAUCUCACAAGGAUUAGGCACGCAAAGUUUCUGGUCAUCUGGUUACUACAUAUAAGACAAUCAUGAAAAGUAGCUAAACUUCUUUAAAAAGAAGUGUACUUAUAAUGGUGUGAUUAAUAUAUUGCGGCAAACAAUUCUUAUUUAUUAAAGCUAUGCGCACGAAACCUGUAAGCGCUUAGCCACUAGAAGGAAAGCUCGAACAGUUAACCAUUUCCCGGCGGCUGGAUCACUAAGCGAAAUUCGGAUAUUUUUCGUUGAUAAAAGGAUAACCGGGUAUAAAAGAUUAAUUCAUGAAUAAUAGCUAUAGCACCACUUGAAAAAUGCAGUCUUUAAGUUUUCUCUCUUUCAACGAGUAUAAGAGAAGGUAACAAGCUUAAAUCAAAUAAAAGCUGUAUUCGAAGAAAGUGACUCUCACAGAAUUGUUUACCAGUGCAGGCUGUUAUUAAAUACUUUUGAAAGAAAUGAAGAACAGGUUAUUAGUUAUUUACAUUAAUUGAGAGUAAUCUAUAUGUUUUAGAAGAAUUGUCUACAUGCAGAAAUAUCUCAUAAUAAAUUAAAUCUACUUAGUUUCUGCGCAAACAAGUGCGAUGGU